AUCAUCUCUCCAUUCUAGUUUAGCCUCACACCCUCCCAUGCGCAUUUCCACCCCAAGAGUAUCAAUUUCCUUAUCCUUAUCCAAAAAUUAACACGGUGUCAGAAGCGCGUAGCGAGUUAGCAGAAACCGCUAGCCAGCUCCGCUACCCGCCUCCUCUCCCCGCCACGUCAAGAGUCGCUUAGAGGCUCGCGGAGCACCAGGCGGCAAGGACCUACGCAGAGCUCAACCACACUUUAAAAAAUAACAACAACAGCCAAAAAAACAAAACAAAAAAAACACACACAAAAUAGCAAAAAAAAACAGUGCCAGAUGCUCACGGAAACCGUCAUAAGCGCCGUGUUCGAGCGAAGGGCCUUGUGGGACCCGGCUCACCCCCAGCACAAGAAUGCGACGGUGCUCAAGAGACUUUGGGUAGACGUCGGCAAAGAGUUGAACGCGUCAGAAAAAUUAGCGAGGAACAAAUGGAAGAAUGCCAGAGAUUACUACAGACGAGAGCUGAAGAAAAUGGAAGCAAGAGGACCCUCGGAAGAACUGGUAUCUAGUACUUGGCCAUAUUUCCAACAGAUGGCCUUCCUUAAGAAUGUUCUUACACCUGAGGCUAGAUUUGCGAACUUACCACUGGAAAUAGUCGACGGGGAAGAUGUCAAGGGAAAGGAUUGUGAAGUUCGGUUUCCAGUCCCUCCGUGGCUACCGUCUCCGCCAGAUAAAUCCAAUAAUAGUUCCUCUGAAGCAGUGACAUCUCAAGACUCCAGCGAAGAACGGAUCAAGCGACUUCGGAAGAGCCAAGAGCGUGCGAGCAAAGGCACCGACGAUGUUACAGCGGGAAAGAGGAAACAAGAACUUCAGGAGGGAAAGGAGGAUUCAGAAGACGAUGACCUGCAUUUCUUCAAGAGUUUGUUACCUUACAUGAAGAAAAUGUCGGAUACAAAGAAGCUGCGUUUGAGGGCACAGAUACUGGACUUGCUCUUGUUGCAAGAAAAUGACCAGCUGGAAAACUAGAUCCAAUGCCUAUUGCAACACUCUGUAAGAUAUGAUCCCGGCGACAUACACUUUCAUGUAAGCACCACGUGAGUCCAAUGUUUAGGCUUACCGUUGUAAUUGAAUUUUCAUAAUCAUUUAGUAUUUGUUCCAAAACUAUAGGGGACACAAAUAAAUACAUAGGAGAGGAUUUUACUUGUAGAUGUAAAGAACAGAUGCACUAAUUUAGUAAAAGCUCCCUAUGGAUGUAAAUUAUAAGUGUGGGGAUAAUAUGAAUUACAUACAUUAAAAAAAUACAAAGAUUACUCUUCUUAAGAUUAUUGAAGAUGUUUUUCGAUAUGUGAAUUACACUUCACUAUUUUUGUAAUGGUUCAUGUUUCUUUACAGAUUUGUGAACUUUUAAUAAAUUUUAUAUAUUUACUGUAAA